AUUGACUUUAAUCACUUCCCCAAAUCGUGCCAAAGAUAACAGAAAAUGGGUUAGUGGCAUAUAAACAAAAUUACAUACUUCCAAUAAUGACAACACACAAUCACAAACACAAUACAAUGCAUUGCAAGCAUCACAUAGUACAAGCGUCCAGCUACAGGGUACCAACUGUGUGGCACUGUGAAAAGUUAGACAAAGACACAAAAGCUGCCGUUCUUCUCAGGUUAUUACCCCUCGUUUGCUUCUGCACUGGAGACUACCAGGCUGGGAGUGUCAUGAAACUGCCUAUCUCUGCACACCAGCAAAGCAUCUGAUGGCACAGGCCUACUCCAGAGUAUGCAGAAUUCCUAUACAGCACGGCCACAGCAAGAAAGUUCCAUCGGGACACAAUGCCAUUCAGAUUUACAUGUGCUUCUCAAAGCAUCUGGAGACAAGUCUUCCUAACGAGGAGCCUGGUGUCAAGGGGACUCAGAGCAAGCAGGCUCUGCUAAGCAAGCGGCAAAAACUGCACUGGCCUUCAGAACACAGAGGCACCUCAGAGCACAGUUGACCAAGAAUGCUAGCCUCCCUCCUCAAGGCAGCAAACUGAGGUAGAAAUGAUAGGUGUGUGUGUGUGUGUGUGGGUGUGUGUCAGGUGAGAAAAAGGUAGCUUAAAACUUCCAGACCAGGACACAAACUGUGAGGCAGUCAUUCCAAGACGUACCGAUCCAUAGCAAGCUACAGUAGCGACGGCGAUUUCAGUGGAAAACACAGUUAAGGCUGACUUCAUUAUCACUGUAGACUUGGCAGAUGCUCAAGCCUCAGCCUCCUCGCUGAAUUCUUCUCCCGUCUCUGCCCUCGACAAGCACUCCGGGUCUGUUGUAUUGUCCGACUCUUCCAAAAUACUGUCAAUGAAACUCUUAUGAUGUGGCCUGUUGCUUCUAGCUUCUUCCACUCGGUACAAUUUAGUUCGUUUUGUCGUUGUUUUUCAAGACAGGGUCUCUGUGUAGCCCUACCUGUCCUCGACUCAGUAGAUCAGACUGGCCUCGAACUCAGAGAGCCGCCCGCCUCUGCCUCCCCUAGUGCUGGGAUCACAGGUGUGCACCACUGCACCCAGCUGAGCUAAGAAUUCUUAAAGGGCAGUUGACUAGAGACUGGGGACGCCCUAAAGGGCCAGGCACACAAGAUCAAUCACGCUACCCCUCCCCAUUUGUUUUAGCUACUAGCUCUGCUGCCCUGGGCGCUCCCUGCAGCCACGCCACUAGUGAAUUUUGCCUCUCCACUCUUUUCAGCGUCUUUUUCGGGGUUCUCAGGGGUCGGAUGUGAUCUUUCUGUUGACCUCUCAGGAGCACAGGACAACUAGGAACCUAACAGCGAUUCUUCCUCCUGUAACUCGGUACUGUUCCCGAGUCUUUUAUUCCCCGGGACUGUCCCAUCUUGUCUUUUCGGAGUUCCUCGCUGGAGUCCCUCCAUCUCCGCCCCCAGCUCUGUGAACCUUUGGCUCGCAGCCGCAAUGUGGGCUUGCAGGCGGCGGUUUUCAGCUUGUUUCCGUGAAUGUGAGAAAACAGCAGGAAGCCAACGCCGGAGGACGGGGCUCCGCCAGCUCCGCGGACCGGCGGCCCACGCCCGGCACCCUCCCAUCCCCAGCGCCUCCAGCCUCCGCGCCCUCCGCGCCCCCGCACCCCCCGCGCCUUCCAACCUCACUUCCGUUACCGCGCAGCCAGCGCCGGCUUCUCCACGCGGAAUUCUGGGAGCUCGUCAGCCUCAGGUCGGGUGUUAGCCGUCUGCCCCCGGGGUUUGAGUUACUUUAGCCGGGAUCUCUAGAACGUCCCCUAGGUGCGUGUGAGACCGAAGUUCUCGCUUCUGGGGCGAGAAGGAAGGAGCGAGCUUUGAAAGGCUCCUCACUCCCGACAGGAAGGAUAACGGGGAGCUCGCCAUGGAGGCGGUGACAUUCAAGGACGUGGCCGUGGUCUUCACUAAGGAGGAGUUCAGGCUGCUGGACUCUGCCCAGAGGAAGCUGUACCAAGAUGUGAUGGUGGAGAAUUUUUGGAACCUGCUUUCAGUGGGAAUUAACAAUCAGAGUGAGAUAAGAGCUGUCCACAGAGGGUCGCCUGAAUCCCCUUCCUGCUGGCAGAUCUGGCAGUGGGUCACGGACGACUUAAGCAGGCUCCCACUUCCGACUUGGAGACCCCAGAGUAAUUUCCUGACGGAGCCACAGCGUCCUAAGGAUGGAUACCAGCAAAUUUCCGUGAGAGACGACCUGGCUCAGAGUGCACAGGAUGUUCACUCUACAGGUGAGAGGUCACGUUCCCACAGUGAUCGUAGAGCACACAGAAGCAAAGAGCCUUACAGCUCCAGCGAUCGCAGGAGAGAAGGCGUCAAGAUGGCGCCUUUUGAUCAGAAGAGAAUGAACACUGGACAGAAGAGUUACCCAAAUAAAGAAGCUGUUACACAGCUCUCCAGCUUUGAUCCUCACCAACUGUCAGACGUGGGAGAGAGGUCUCGUGGGUGUGUUGAAUGUGAGAAGGGCUUUGGCGGUAGCCCUGCUGGUUGCAUUCAUCAAGGAGACCACACAGGAGACAAACGUAAGGAAUGCAGCCAUGUCCCACGUGAACCCACCCAUCAGAAGGCCCACGCUCCAGUGAAGCCAUUCCAGUGUGAGCAGUGUGGAAAGUAUUUCAGUUGCAGAUCAUCUCUUCACGUUCACUUUAAAGUGCACACGAGGCAGAGGCCUUACAGUUGUGAGGUGUGUGGGAGUGCUUUCAGCCAGACCUCCCACCUGGAGGACCACAAGAGGCUGCACAGUGGGGAGAAGCCGUUCAGAUGCGAGGCGUGCGGUAAGAGCUUCAGCCGGAGCUCACACCUCCGGUCCCACCAGAGGGUCCACACGGGAGAGAAGCCGUACAAGUGUCAGGAGUGUGGGAAGAGCUUCAUUUGUAGCUCAAACCUGUACAUUCAUCAGAGAGUGCACACGGGGGAGAAGCCCUACAAGUGUGUGGACUGUGGGAAGGAGUUCAGCCGCCCCUCGAGCCUCCAGGCCCACCAGGGCAUCCACACUGGGGAGAAGUCCUACGUGUGUACCCUGUGUGGCAAAGGCUACACUCUGAACUCAAAUCUGCAAGUCCAUCUGCGAGUACACACCGGGGAGAAGCCGUACCGGUGUGACGCGUGUGGGAAGGUCUUCAGCCGCUCCUCACAGCUGCAGUCCCACCGGAGAGUGCACACGGGGGAGAAGCCGUACAGCUGCGAGGUCUGUGGGAAGAGCUUCGGUUGGCGCUCCAACUUCCUCAUCCACCACAGGAUCCACAGCCGAGGCAGAGCCGAUGGGAAGGCUGGCCAAAGCCCCGGGGAGCCGGCACAGGAGACGAGCUCUAUAAAAUAGUGCUUUCCAGACUGUCGUGUGAAUUCUUUCUUUUUUGCAUUUAAUUACAUUUUGCAGUUUAGUGUGAGGGCUGGAGAGGUGGCUCAGACCCAGUUCCCAGCCUCCAGAUGGUGGUUCACCACCAUCCAUAACCUGAGCUCCAGCAGAUCAGACAGAAGGCACAUAAACAUGCAUGUAGACAAAACAUACACAGAAUAGAACUUAAACCACCACCAUAGUGUACGCGGGCACGCACACAUGCUGGCAUAGGCACAGUGCAGGUCAGCGGGCGUCUUUUAGGAGUGGGUUCCCUCUCUCCACCUUAUGGUCAAUCGGGCUCGGUGGCUCACCUUUACCACCCAGUCAGCACUGGUCAGGGUGUGAACCUUCCACCCUGUGCACCCGGGCACUGCUGAGCCACAGCAGGCUUUGGUU